AUGAAGAGUAUAAUAAUAUUGUUGAUGCUGGUAUGCAUUAUAAAAGGACAAGAUACACCACGUCCAACAGUUAUAUGGCAUGGUAUGGGAGAUACAUGUUGUUAUCCAUUCUCUAUGGGAUAUGUUAAGAAGAUGAUUGAGGAGAAGAUUCCAGGAAUCUACGUCAAGUCCAUUGAGAUUGGUGAUAGCUUGCCAGAGGAUGAGUUCAACUCAUUCUUUAAACCUGUCAAUGAACAGGUUGAUAUGGUGUGCCAGAUGAUGAGAUCCGAUCCAAACUUGACCAAUGGGUUCAAUGCGAUUGGAUUCUCGCAGGGCGGUCAAUUCCUUCGCGCCUACGUCGAGCGUUGCAACGACCCUCCCGUCUACAACCUGAUCUCGGUUGGUGGACAACAUCAAGGUGUCUACGGCAUGCCCAACUGCGCCAGCACCAACAAGACACUCUGUAACCUUGCCCGCGAGAUGCUCGAACUCGGUGUCUACACAGAGUUUGUUCAAUCACAUCUCGUCCAAGCACAAUACUGGCAAGAUCCACUCGACUACCUAGAGUACCUCGACAAGUCACAGUUCCUCGCUGAUAUCAACAAUGCUAGAUCAGAGAAAAAUGAUACUUAUAAGAAGAAUAUGAUAUCUUUGAAUGAGUUGGUGUUGGUAAUGUUCACUAAUGAUACGAUGGUCAUACCAAGAGAGAGUGAAUGGUUUGGAUUCUAUCAAUAUGGUCAGGCUAGAGAUGUGGUGCCAAUGGAGGAGACUGAUCUGUACACACAGGAUUGGAUUGGACUACAAUAUCUUGACAAGGAAGGACGUGUCACCAAGAUACCAUGCGAAGGAAAUCAUCUCCAAUUCACAGAUGUCUGGUUCAAUCAGUACUUGAUACCAUAUAUGAACAACACUCUG